UAAAACAGGAACUUAUUCGCACCACGUGACAAAGCUACGCAUAUUCCCAGCUUCGUAGGCCUAACUACAAUGUUGCUUUGUCUAGGCCUACUGUCUGUAGGGAGCAGAAAGGGGAGGGGUAUUUUUAUGCGGAAAUGCAAAUAUGCCUGUAUUAUUUUACCCUCCAGAAACCUAUAAAAUACGAUACGGAUCUUUACACAACAAUAAAAUUAUUCUUUUUCUACAACGUCUGACUUGUAGGUCUGAAGGGAGGCUACCCGAAUAAAUUUUGUGUUAUGAGAGUUCAUCCUCUGUAUUCUCCCUUGCCUUGUUUUGACAACAUGGCAUGACGAUUCUCGAAUCAAGCUCUUCAAACGCUUGAUCAAGACGUGUCUUCAGCAAUAUUUUCUCCGAGGAAGGAUCGUGUCACACUACCGAGCGUAGUUUGAGACUGCUGUCAGUCGGAACAAUGUCAGAGCCACGCUCGCUGUCGCUGCUGGGGAUGAACGCCGAGACGAUGAGGAGCACGGGGCUCAACCGGAUCACCUCUGUGUUCGUCCCGUUCACCACGAGAGCUCUACUGUCCGGCCCACCGCUCCGAGCCUCUUCCAUGUACACCGCGUGUGGUCCCAUCGACGACGACCUCUGGGAAGCUGGCCAAGAGACACCAGCGACCAGCCAGGUGUUCCGCUACCAGUCAGUUGUCGGUCAUCACGCAAAGCCCGUGUGUUCUGAAUUGUACAUCCACAGGAGGGAUCACAGGAACGGAAAAAAGCGAGUCGUUCCUACAAUGCUGUACAACCUGGAGGCUAAUCGACCUCCCGUACCUGAACAUCAGCUACUGGAGGACGACUUUCGAGCGUUCCGCAGCGUGGCCCACAACAGGCAGACCGUCCUACAGAGCCGGAUGACACCAGACCUGCAGGUGGAGAAAUUCCUUCAGGACAACCACUUGGCCUGUACAAUCCUGGGCACCACACCGAAUUCUUCAGAGCUUUUACAGCUUGCCAAGUUGGUGAGAAGUCCGGGUUGUCGCGGUGACCAGAUGGUAACGUACAG